GUUAUAAGAAGAGAGUGGAUUCACAGAGCCGAAAGAACCACCGAAGUGGUGAAGUAGAUGUUGAAAAGUAGGGGAAGCAAGCGCUAACCCCAUCCAAACCUGACUAUUUAAAUUUUUUAUUUACUAACAAUAACAUUGGAAGAACAAGUUAGCGUUAGGGCAGUGAAGUUCGUGCUAAAUGAGAACAGAGCUGCUGGGUGAAUUCUGCUCUGAUUCCUGGUUAUUGGCAAUCUCCUCCUGUAUAUUUCUUGCCAUAUCUCAUUGCUACAAAACAAUUGGAUUACAUGUCAGUGUCACGCUCUUUUUCUUCUUCUUCAACUUCUAACCAAUACUGUGCAUUGCUCAAACAAUGCUACCAAACGCAGGACGCAAAGAGGCUCCACUGCCACAUUUUGAAGGCCUCUCCAAACCCCGAAACCUUUCUGUUAAACAACCUCAUCAACACCUAUGCCAAGCUCGGCAGCAUAACCUAUGCCUGCAGGGUGUUCGACCAAAUGCCUCAACCGAAUAUCUAUUCUUGGAACACCCUUCUAUCCUCCUAUUCCAAAUUGGCUCGUCUUCCUCAGAUGCAACACGUGUUUGAUGUAAUGCCAGCGCGAGAUAUGGUGUCCUGGAAUUCCCUUAUUUCAGGCUAUGCUGCUUCUGGUUCCCUCGUUCAGUCCGUGAAGGCUUAUAAUCUGAUGUUGAAUGAUGGGACCGUCAAUUUGAAUCCAAUUGCAUUGUCAACUAUGCUUAUACUUGUUUCCAAUCAGGGCCGUAUUCGUUUGGGUAGGCAGAUUCAUGGGCAUGUGUUGAAAUUUGGUUUCCAGUCGUAUGUUUUUGUUGGGAGUCCUUUGGUGGAUAUGUACUCAAAAACAGGGCUGAUAUCUUGUGCAAGGCAGACUUUUGAUGAGAUGCCUGAGAAGAAUGUGGUUAUGUAUAAUACAAUGAUCGCGAGGCUUAUGCAAUGUGGUAGAAUUGAAGAUUCAAGGCAAUUGUUUUAUGAGAUGUGCAAAAAGGAUUCAAUUUCUUGGACUGCAAUGAUUACGGGAUUUUCUCAGAAUGGUUUGUCCAGAGAAGCAAUCGAUUUGUUCAGAAAGAUGAGAUUGGAAAAUCUAGAUAUGGAUCAGUACACAUUUGGAAGUGUGUUAACUGCCUGUGGUGGUGUUAUGGCUUUGCAAGAAGGCAAGCAAGUUCAUGCUUACGUAAUUAGGACAGAUUAUCAAGAUAAUAUAUAUGUUGGUAGCGCUCUUGUUGACAUGUAUUGCAAGUGUAAGAGUAUAAAAUCAGCACAAACAGUGUUUAUGAAGAUGACUUGCAAAAAUGUUGUAUCUUGGACUGCGAUGUUGGUGGGUUAUGGACAAAAUGGUUACAGUGAAGAAGCUGUAAAAGUCUUUAGUGAUAUGCAAAAAUAUGGGAUUGAACCAGAUGAUUUCACCCUUGGGAGUGUAAUUAGCUCCUGUGCAAACCUUGCAAGCCUAGAAGAAGGUGCUCAAUUUCAUGGAAGAGCUUUGGUUUCUGGCCUAAUUUCUUCUAUUACUGUCUCCAAUGCUCUGGUGACAUUAUACGGUAAAUGUGGAAGCAUUGAAGACUCCCAUAAACUUUUUAGUGAAAUGAGCUUCAGGGAUGAAGUCUCUUGGACUGCACUUGUUUCUGGAUAUGCCCAGUUUGGUAAAGCCAAUGAAACAAUCAGGUUAUUUGAAAGCAUGUUAGCCCAUGGUUUCAAACCUGACAAAGUUACUUUUAUUGGGGUUCUUUCAGCUUGCAGUAGAGCUGGACUAGUAGAGAAAGGAAAUCAGAUAUUUGAUUCAAUGAUUACGGAACAUGGAAUUGUACCAGUUCAUGAUCAUUACACCUGCAUGAUUGACCUCUUCAGUCGAGCUGGGAGGUUAGAAGAGGCAAAAAAAUUUAUAAACAAGAUGCCUUUCAGCCCUGAUGCAAUUGGUUGGGCAUCCUUAUUAAGUUCAUGUAGAUUCUAUGGGAACAUGGAAAUUGGCAAAUGGGCAGCUGAGUUUCUUCUAAAAUUAGAACCACAUAACACUGCUAGCUACAUCUUACUUUCAAGCAUGUAUGCUGCUAAAGGGAAAUGGGAAGAAGUUGCCAAAUUAAGAAAAGGGAUGAGAGAUAAGGGUCUGAGAAAGGAACCGGGAUGUAGCUGGAUCAAAUAUAAGAAUCAAGUAUACAUUUUCUCUGCUGAUGAUCGGUCCAACCCAUUUUCAGAUCAGAUAUAUUCUGAGCUAGAAAAGUUGAACCAUAAAAUGGUUCAAGAGGGAUAUGUACCUGAUAUGAAUUCUGUUCUGCAUGAUGUAGAGGAUUCCGAGAAAAUAAAGAUGCUUAAUCACCAUAGUGAAAAGCUUGCAAUUGCCUUUGGGUUGAUAUUUAUUCCUCCUGGUUUCCCUAUACGAAUAGUGAAAAAUUUGAGAGUUUGUGGGGAUUGCCACAAUGCAACCAAGUAUAUAUCUAAGAUCACCCAGAGAGAGAUUCUUGUAAGAGAUGCCGCUCGAUUCCACCUGUUUAAAGAUGGAAUGUGUUCAUGUGGAGACUUUUGGUGACAGGUCCAGUUGUUGUUCUCUAAAGUCUAAAAGCAAUCCAGAAAACUAUUUCGUAAAAUGACUACUACGCACUGGAUUCUUCAUUUUGAAGAGACAUAACCUCUUUCUUCCAAAAGUGAGUAUAAUUACCAUAUAAGUGCAAUGCAACUGCGUAGGGUAUCCUACAAUUCUAUACUGACUUGAACCGCAUCACAAAAUAUGGUCCCCUCUUCCUACUAACUUAUCAAUGGUGUUAUAAUUUGAGGGGGAAGAAACUCAACAACUGAUGAAUGUAUGAGCACAUACUGAAGUGUUUGCACAAAAGCACGUCUGCAUGUCUGUUAAAAUUCCUCACAAUCCCCCUUAAUGAUUAACUACAAUAUAAGACCUAUUUUAGAAACAACUUCAAUUUCUGUGGAAGGGAAUGGCUGCUUGCCUAAUAAAUGCUCGUAUAACGUGUUUGUUCAGGGAUUGUUGCGAAAAUGUGAUAUUUCCAGGUCUAGAAAAUACCUUCAAAUAAUGAAAAGCAAAGGAUUUCUACUAGAUGCUACCACAACAGAGUUGCUUAUAUGUUUCUCUGCUAGUGAAGGAGAGAAAGCAUUUGAAGAGUUGCUACAGAACUGAAAUUUGUUUGAAUUAGUCUCUCUAUUCAUGAUUUGAUUUGGGUUCAUAUCAAGUUUUAGAAACCAGUCUGAUCAUAAUGUUAGCCCAUCAACCAAUCCCCUUGAUUAAUGGUUGGAGUCCAUCCUUUAGACCACUGUGGGUUCAACUGCUCUAAUUCGUCAUAACCCAAUGGUGUAGAAAUAUAAGGAAGCACAUGGAAUGAUGUCAUUUUAUGAAAGGAGCGCACGUGUUUGGCCGAGACAUUAACCCAAUUCGAUACAAACAAGAUGAAGGAAGACCUUGUUUUCUAGCUUGCAGUUGCAAAAUUGUGGUAGAGAUAUAAUUGUAUGGUGUCCUUUCAUAUGGAGGUAUGUUUCAAAAGCACCCCAAACAAUUGUAUUCAAUGUUUUUUGUUUUACCUGCUGAUCUCUCCAGUCUCCGCGGCGUUUCCAUAGUUUACAGUUUACACCUAUAAAUCAGAAGAUAUGUUUAAAAUGUUCAUAUGUCUUUAAACUAGAAGGUAUAAAUAUGUCUAUGCAAUUUCUAAUUCAAUAUUUUUUUUCCCUCUAAUAAGAAUGAUGCAUAAAAAAAGAGGCGAUUUCAGAGACAUUCAGCAAACCAUAUCUGUGAAGUAUAUACUAGCUUUAACAUUUACAUCAACUUGAAUGACAAAAACUGGAAGGAAUGUUUUGACAUGGAA